AUGGCCCGUCCUCCAGCGCAGGAGUCCGCUGGGUCGAGCUCCAGCGGCUCCCGCUCCGGUCCAGCGCCCACACCGGCCUUCCUCUCCCUCAUCCUCAAGACGCACAAUCCUCGGCUGCCCGUUCCCGCCGCCUCGCCCUUGCAAGCGGCAGAUGGCCCGUCAAAGCAGCCGUUGCCGCUGUAUCUCCCUCCACCGGCCAUGCCGGAAGUGGAGGAGGACCUCGUCCCGCCAGAGAACUUUGCGGUGGUCACGACGGGUGUGUACCGAUCGGGCUUCCCAAAGAAGCGCAACUUUCGGUUUAUGGAGACUUUGAAGUUAAGGACUAUCUUGACGCUGGUGCUGGAAGACUAUCCCGAUGCGAAUCUAAAGUGGUGUCAAUCGCAGGAUGUGCAGUUCAUGCAAUUCGGUAUCCCCGGAAACAAGGAGCCUUUCGACAAUAUCCCAGAAGAUGUGAUCACCUCGGCCCUCUGUGCUAUCCUCGAUAAGCGGAAUCAUCCGCUUCUUAUACACUGCAACAAGGGCAAGCACCGCACAGGCUGCCUUGUUGGGUGUAUCAGACGAGUUCAAACAUGGUCACUCACGUCCAUCUUCGACGAGUAUCGCCGCUUCUCCAACCCCAAGUCUCGCGCGGUCGAUCAGCAAUUUAUCGAUCUCUUUGAUCUCUCGUUGGUCUGGGACGAGGUGGUCUCGCCAAAGGGUGGGGGACUCGAGAACUUGCCCGACUGGCCGAUGCUGCGCGUGCCAAAGUCGUGUAUCCGGGCGCAGGGAGUGAAGAGACUCCCCGCAGUCAAGCCCCAGGCGAAAGGGGCGGCAGUCGUUGAUGGAGAUAAGCCAGAUCCGGAGGGAUUGGUUGACGGAAUAUCUUAG